AUGGCAUUUGCCACAAUAAACUCCUCAUCUUCAGCUCCUCCACCGAGGAGCUCCGUUAUUGAUGGUGCCUUUGCUGCCGAACCUGCCCUUAGAAAACGUGUUUACGAUGCGAUCGAGCAAACCCCGCAUUAUGCGCCGCUAUUCGAAGACGUUGCCAGAUAUACAUCCAACCUGCUGGCCAGGUCUGUCGCCAACGCCCGCGUUCAGCCCAUCGAGGCCGUCAGCGACGACGGCCCAGCGGCGAAGAAACGCAAGACCCAAAACGGUGGGGAUGGUCAUACAGCUGCCGCUGCGCAACAGUCCCCGGGCGACUUGAAAGCCGACGCACCACUACAAUUCUACAUGCAGGAUGUUUCCUUCGCUGUGCCGCAGCGGAAGAAGCUUACACUGGAGAUCACUGCCGGAGGUGGAUUCCUCCGCGCAAGGAAUCAGACGUCGAAAGAGGUGGAGUUCGGGGUCGAGUUGGAUAAGAUCCAGCACGUUCUGUGUCUUCCAGUCCCGGAAAAGAACCAGCGACAAUUCAAUUUCUGCAUUAUCCCCCGAUAUAGUGAUGGCAUCAACACUCCUCCGGAAGGUGUCGCUGCUUCUGAGUGUAUUGUGUGGACGGUGGCCGAUGGGCCACCCAAAGCAGCGUUUUCGGGAACCGGUCAGCAGCUGGGGACAACUGAGGGCGAGAGCGCGGAGAAGGUGGUUCAACAGGUCUUGAACGAUAAUCUGAUGCGGACCAAGGUGAUCCGCCCCGAUGAGCGCCAAUUUGUGAGCGCAAUUCCGGAAGCUCAUCGGAAGGGGGAGAAGGCUUUCCAUGUCAAGGCCCAUCGCGGGAGUAAAGAUGGUUAUCUUUUCCUUCUUUCUACCGGGAUCCUGUUCGGCUUCAAGAAGCCGUUGAUAUUUUUCGCCUUCGAAAACAUUGAAUCGAUUUCCUACACAUCUGUCCUGCAGCGAACAUUCAAUCUCAACAUCCUAGCCCGUCCGUCCGGCAGCGACGAGACCCAGGAGCUUGAGUUCUCCAUGAUCGACCAGGCGAAUUUCUCUGCAAUUGACACCUACAUCAAAAAGCACGGCCUACAAGAUGCUAGUCUAGCAGAAGCCCGCCGUGCGAAACGAUACAAUGUCAACGGUGCCAAGACCGGAGAUGAUGCCACUACCACUGCAGAAGGGGUUGCUGAAGCAGAAGAAGAAGAGAGUGAAUUGCAAAAGGCACAACGUGAGCUUGAAGACCAAGAGGAUGAGGAUGAGGAGGACUAUGACCCUGGCAGCAGCAGUGAAGAUGGAAGCGGCAGCAGCAGCAGCGAGGAAGACGACGAGGACGACGAGGACCAGGACGAGGAUGAGGAUGAGGAUGAGGAUGGUGAGGAUGAUGGUCGCGAUCUUGUAGCGGAAGAGCUCGGCAGUGAAGCCGAGGAUGUUUCUGCCGAAGAGUUGUAA